UCCCGUGCCGGCGUCCCCGCGGAGCCGGGGGCGGUACCGGACACCGGGAGCGGGGCGAGAGCUCCGCCUCUUCCUGCGGCGGGCGGCAGCGAUGCCCCCGGAGCCCCUGGUCUGUGCCCGCACGGCCGCGCGGGUGAGCUCCGUGCUGAACCGGGACGUGAAGCAGUUUGGGAAGCAGCACCUGUUCGAUGGCAGCGAGGAGACCUGCUGGAACUCGGACCAGGGCACGUCCCAGUGGGUCACCCUGGAUUUCCCCCAGCCCGUCAAGGUCUCGCAGCUCCACAUCCAGUUCCAGGGGGGAUUUUCCAGCCGGCUGUGCACGCUGGAAGGCUGCAGGACUGGUGAGGAACUGGUGAAAAUAUCCGAGCUGUACCCCCAGGACAGCCAUGCCCUGCAAAGAUUCCAGGUGGAGGAAACGGUGCUGGAUAAGCUGAGGAUCACCUUUGGGAGCAGCACGGAUUUCUUCGGGAGGAUCGUGGUUUAUCACCUGGGGGUGCUGGGGGAGAGGCUCUAGGGGGGGACACUGGGGGGCUGUGCCCACUUUGGGGGCUCUGCAGACCCCCCUGAGAGGGAUCCCUGUCCCCUGGGGUGACGCUGGUGAAGGACACGGGAGGCUGUGGUGGGACACAGGGGUGCAAUGGGAUCAAUUAAAGAUAUUCCUGCUCUUUC